GAGGGCGCACUUGGAGCGCGUUGAAUACGAGGCAGAAGGCGAGUCACAGGCAGGCGGCGAAGGGUACGGAGCCGGACCGAGCCAGCAGCCGCUGCAGCCGCGCUCGCAGCCCCGCGCACGGACCGCGCCGAGGAACUGGGAGCCGGCGGGCRAGAGACGAACGGACUGAGGGACGCCGCUUCCCCGAGGGGGCAGCGGGCGGAGCCGCCGCCCGGAGGAGAAGUUUGGCUGAAGCGGCCGCUGCCGCCGAGAGAGGGAACUUUCCUCGGGGGGCCUUAGGCGGGGGCGGCGGGAAGGAGCCGCGGCACGCUCGGGUCCGCCGCCCUGCGAGGGGGCUUCCGAGAGGCUCCCCCCCGGCCCAGGCCGGGCUGCGGCGGCUGGGAUGUACCUGGCAGCGGUCUCGGCGGGGAGGAGACGCCCGGGCGGAGACGGCGGCUGGCACCUGGCGGCCGCGGGGUGGCUGUUCCUGCUGGCCCUGCUGCUGGGCGAGUCGGGGACGCGUGCUCUCGUCUGCUUACCCUGCGACGAGUCCAAAUGCGAAGAGCCGAAGAGCUGCCCCGGUAGCAUCGUGCUGGGGAUCUGCGGUUGCUGUUUCAUGUGCGCUCGGCAGCGGAACGAGAGCUGCGGGGGAGUCUAUGGGCUGCACGGAGCUUGCGACCGGGGCUUGCGCUGUGUCAUCCGACCGCCGCUCAACGGAGACUCCAUCACCGAGUACGAAGUGGGAGUCUGCGAAGAUGAAAACUGGGAUGAUGAUCAGCUUCUUGGAUUUGAACCGUGCAAUGAAAACCUUAUAACAGGUUGUAACAUAAUCAACGGGAAAUGUGAAUGUGACACCAUUCGGACCUGUAAUAACCCGUUUGAGUUUCCAAGCCGGGAUACUUGUCUGUCGGCCUUAAAAAGGAUUGAAGAAGAGAAACCUGAUUGCUCCAAGGCCCGCUGUGAGGUCCAGUUUUCUCCUCGAUGUCCRGAAGAUUCCAUCUUAAUUGAAGGCUAUGCUCCUCCUGGUGAAUGCUGUCCACUCCCAAGCCGCUGUGUUUGUAAUCCUGCRGGCUGCUUGAGGAAGGUUUGCCAACCUGGCUAUUUGAAUAUAUUGGUUUCUAAGGCAUCAGGAAAGCCAGGGGAAUGCUGUGAUCUCUAUGAAUGCAAGCCAGUGUUCAGUGUGGAUUGCAGCACAGUUGAAUGUCCUCCUGUUCAGCAAGUUGUUUGCCCUCUGGAUAGCUAUGAAACCCAAGUCAGGCUGACGGCUGAUGGCUGCUGCACCCUGCCCACAAGAUGCGAGUGUCUCACUGGUUUAUGUGGUUUCCCCAUGUGCGAGGCAGGCUCCGUUCCCCAGAUAGUCUCACGUGGAGAUGGAACACCUGGCAAGUGCUGUGAUGUCUUUGAAUGUGUCAAUGAAGUGAAGCCAACUUGCAUAUUUAACAGCAUGGAGUACUACGAUGGAGACAUGUUUCGGAUGGAUGCYUGUCGAUUCUGUCGCUGCCAAGGGGGAGUCUCCAUUUGUUUCUCUGCCCAGUGUGGUGAGCUGCACUGUGACAGGUACUACGUGCCGGAAGGAGAGUGCUGCCCAGUGUGUGAAGACCCCCUUUAUCCAGUCAAUAACCCUGCUGGCUGCUAUGCCAAUGGCCAGAUCCAAGCUCACGGAGACCGCUGGCGAGAGGACGACUGCACRUUCUGCCAGUGCAUCAAUGGCGAUCCGCACUGCGUGGCCACCGCCUGCGGCCAGAGCUGCCUCAACCCUGUCAAGGUGCCUGGGGAGUGCUGCCCCGUCUGUGAAGAACCAACGUAUAUCACAAUAGGUCCACCCACCUGUGAGGUUUUGGUGAACUGCACUUUGACYGAAAAAGACUGUAUCUAUAGCUUCAAACUGGACCAAAAUGGUUGUCGCAUUUGUCAGUGCAAAACUAGGGAGGAGCUGUGCACUGGCCUCAUUUCAGGCUGUUCCUUGGACUGUUCCUUCGGCUUCCAGACUGAYGCCCACAACUGUGAGAUCUGUCAGUGCCGGCCACGGCCCAAGAAGUGCAAGCCCAUUGUAUGUGACAAGUACUGUCCCUUUGGAUACUUGAAGAACAAGCAUGGCUGUGAAAUCUGUCGGUGUAAGAAGUGCCCCAACCUGCCUUGUGGUAAAAUCUGUCCAUUGGGCUUCCAGCAGAACAGUCACGGCUGUGUUAUCUGCAAGUGCAGAGAGGCAACGGCUUCUCUUAUGCCUCCCGUUAAAACAGGCUCUUGCCUGUCCAUGGAUGGGCGCCGGCAUGAGAAUGAGGAGAGCUGGCACGAUGGCUGCAGGGAGUGUUACUGUCACAACGGACGGGAAAUGUGUGCCUUGAUCACCUGCCCCAUUCCCAAUUGUGGAAACCCCACCAUACAUCCAGGGCAGUGUUGCCCAUCAUGUCCAGAUGAAAUAAUCGUGCAAAAGCCAGAGCUCACCAGCCCAUCAGUCUGUCAUGCUCCUGGUGGGGAAUACUUUGUGGAAGGAGAGACCUGGAACAUCGAUUCCUGCACCCAAUGCACAUGCCACAGUGGMCGUGUCCUGUGUGAGACUGAAGUCUGUCCGCCGCUUCUGUGYCAAAACCCCACCCGCACACAGGACUCCUGCUGUCCGCAGUGCCCAGAUGAGACUCUUCAGCCCUCGCCAUCGAGCAAUGAGAGCAUGCCCAGUUACUGCAAAAAUGAUGAAGGAGAUAUUUUUCUGACAGCUGAGUCCUGGAAGCCCAAUGUGUGCACUAGCUGCAUCUGCAUGGAUGGUGUGAUCAGAUGCUACUCUGAGUCUUGCCCGCCAGUAUCCUGUGAGAGACCUGUUUUGAGAAAGGGGCAGUGUUGUCCUUACUGUAUUGAAGAUACAGUUCCAAAGAAAGUGGUCUGCCACUUCAGCGGAGAGACGUACGCAGAUGAGGAGCGCUGGGACAUCGACAGCUGCACACACUGCUACUGCCUGCAGGGUCAGACUCUCUGCUCCACUGUCAGCUGCCCACCUCUGCCUUGUGCUGAACCCAUCAACGUGGAGGGAAGCUGCUGUCCCAUGUGUCCAGAGAUGUAUGUACCUGAACCCACUAACAUCCCCAUUGAGAAGACAAAUCAUCGAGGAGAUGUUGAACUAGAAGUACCAAACUGGCCAACACCGAGUGAAAAUGAUAUCAUCCACAUUCACAGAGACAUGAACCAUCUCCAGGGAGAAUACCGAAGUGGCAGUGGGCCACACCCCAGCGAAGAUGCAUCUGUCAGCUCUGUUGCCUUGGUGACAAUCCCAAUCAUGAUAGCACUGUUGCUGAUCAUCGUCUUCCUGCUCAUCAACCAGAAAAAGCAGUGGAUUCCAGUGUCCUGCUACAAAGCUCCAACAAAGCCUUCUUGCCUAAACAAUCAACUGGUAUAUGUGGACUGCAAGAAAGGUACAAUGGUCCAGGUGGACAGUUCUCAGAGGAUGCUAAGAAUUGCAGACCCAGAUUCAAGAUACAGUGGAUUUUACAGCAUGCAGAAACAGAACAACCUACAGGCAGAUAAUUUCUAUCAAACAGUUUGAAGAAUUGCACCCUUACCAAGGAUUUAAGAAAGAGAGAGAGAGAAAGAGAGACACUCUGCUAUUAAAAUAAAACUAGAAUUGUGCACUUGCUUAGUGGAUUGUAUUGGAUUUGUGACUACAUGUACAGCUCUAAGACCUUUCUGGGAUGAGCUCUGACUCCUGCAAUGUGCCAGAAAAAGCAUUCCCACUUUUCCUUGAGAUAACUGACCAAGUGUUUUCUUAGAACCAAAGUUUAAAAACUUGUUAAGAUGUAUUUGCUUGUAACAUAGCUAUAGAGGAUUUUUGGGAGGGGGAAUCAGGGGCUAGGGAUAGGCAAAGAGAUAAAAGGAAGCUUCCGAGAAGAAAAGCUGGUCAUGCUUGGCUGAAGAAGAAAAUAUCUGCCGAGCAGCAGGAUAGUGGUUUUCCUUGUUGCUCUGAAACUGUAUCUGUUGCAGCAAAAGCCUAACCCCAGGUGAAAAAAAAUAUGAAAAGGUCUGAUUUUUUUUUCCAGCUGUUGCUACAGUAAUAUACUCCUAGAACAGAAUUUGUCACAUCACAGGUGUGGUGUAGCUGCAAAUAUUUUUCUAUAUGAUGAGAAGCUGCAGUAGUUAAUGAAAUAGCAAGGAAAAGAUUAUAGCAGAAAAUAAAGGGUGGGUUUAUUAAGGAUGUAUAAAAUUAUACCUUGUGCUGCUUUUUGUUUUUGUUUUUGUUUUCUUCAAAGCUGAUUGGCUAGAUUGGCCAGACUUCAGCAGAGUUAGCAAAUGACUGAGGCCUAAGUAAUUCCUGAUAUGAGCACUGGAUCUUUUGACAGCAGUAUUGAAGGGAGGAAGGAAGGAAAGAAGGAAGGAAGGAAAAGUCAAGAACACCAUGCAGUUCCAGGGGCUUUUGUUUGUUUGUUUUGUCUGUUGUGGUUUUGUUUUGUUAUUUUAUAUCAAUCUCUGGUUGUUCAUACAGGAGAAGGAAAAAUAUUUUUGUUGGACAAAGCUCUUGCAUACAAGAGAGUAAAAAAGAGACUGUUUUAAGGUUGUUGUUUUUUUCCUGUUGAUGUCCUUAUUUACUGGUAUGCAGAUUUAGAAACUACUUCCAUGCUAGGAAGCUGCUUAAUUUUAAUUGUAUAUUACUCAAGCACCUUUUUUGAAGUUCAGAAAAAAAGGAGAUCAUGCUUCUUUAAACUUUAGCAUUAUAGGAAUAUUUAUGUAAAUAUAAUUAUGCUAAAAACAACAAAAAGUAUUUGUAUGUUUGUGUAUAUAUAUGUAUAUACAAAUGCAUGUAUGUAUACAUUUGUAUAUAUACAUGCAUAUGUAUAUACACUAUACAUAUAUAUACUGUAUAUAUAAAAUACUAUGUAUACAGUAUAUAUUUUUCUAUUUUUUUUUUCUUGUUGAAUGUAUUUUUAUCUGAGAGAGAUUUUACCCAGAGCAGAAACAGAUAACAGGCAUUCCAUAUCAAUGCUUAAUCACUUGUGAGUGUAGGAAAGACAAGAAAAGAGCAUCUCAUUCUACCUACAGUUUGAUUUGAUUUGAUCUGAUUUGAUUUGAUUUGAAUUGAUUUGAUUUGAUUUGAAAGUGUUUGUAUGUGCGUGUGUGUGUGUGCACUCUUGUGUUGGCGUGUGUUCAGUUCGUGCACGAUUAUAGCAGUAAGCGUUGCUCUUGCUACAUUUCAGGGUGUUUCUUAUUUUUCUUUUCCUGCUUAGCCUUAAAAAGGCUUUUUAAUGAAUGCAUUGGCUAGAGACACUGAUGACAAUAUACAUGCAGCACUAAUCACCUCCAUAAAAUAACACAAUCAGCUCCUGGAUUUUGGUUGGGUUUUCUUUUUCUUUCUUUUUUUUUUUUUUUUCAAACAAUUGUUUGAAACAACUACUGGAAUAUUGUCCUCAUUAAGCUGGAAGUUUGUUGUAGCUUGCCUCAUUUAUAACUCUGACUGUAUAAUACAAUGUUAACUUUCCAAACAGGUCUUGGCACUUUUAUACUAAUUACCCAUUAGUGCAUUGCCUUUUUUCUUUUACAAAUGCUUGUCAUAAGAGACACAGAUACCCAGUAUGCUUAAUGUGAAAAGAAAAUGUAUUUUUUGUAAAGGAACUCUCAAGUAUUGUUGUAAAUACUUGGUCAGAGAUUGCUGAACUUUAAAACUGAAAAAAAAAAAACCUAAUUUAUUAUUAUAAUGACCUAAUUUAUUAAUCUGAAGAUUAACAAUUUUUUUGUUUUAGAAUAUCAAAAAAGGUGUUCUAGCUGUUUGCAUCAAAGAAAAAAUAGGUGUAUCAUUAAGGGUCAACAUUUUUUCUGCUUAUAUAACUUCAGUUUCCAACCACCAGUAAGAAAAAAUGUAGUCUCCCCAGUGUUUUGUACUCAAUCUGAUAUUGAAACAGAUGUUUCUGUCCAGUAACUACAGAGAUUUUGUCAAGACAAAACAUCCAUUUCUUGCAUAAGAGUAAGCAGUCUUUAUCCAGAAAUUGUAAAUGCUUGCUUUUGUUUUACAAUCAAGGCCAUAUUCUGAAAAUAUUAGCAGGAUAUAGGACAUGGUGUAAAAUGUUUUUAUUAUUAUUUUAUUAUUAUUAUUUUAAAGAUAUGAUUUAUCCUAUGUGCUGUAUCCAUUACACUCUUUUACUUUGGUUCCUGUUGUGCUCUUGUAAGAGAAAUGCAGAUAUAAUUUUCUGAAAAAUAGAUGCAUAUGUGGCACUCGGAGUGCACUGCGGUUCAGCAGAUUGCUUGUUUACUUUUUUAACUGUAAGGCGGUUUCUUGUAAUUUGGCUCUUGGCAGCACAAUAAAAAAUUUUAAACCUA